UUGGACUCCAAAUCCUUCAACAAUACUGGCCAUAGCUUCAACAAGUUCGUCUCCGAAAUCAUCUCCCGCCGCUACGACUCCGCCCCAGUCGAUGAAAUCAGCUUAGAAAUUAGGGGCGCCUUUGACCAUUCUUUCAGCGAGUCUUUCUCGAUGUACCAGAGGCUCUUCGAUUACGCGGCCUCGCUGAGAUUCGACACUUUCGCGCCGCCGAUGAGGAGUAUGGAGAGCUCUGCCAUUAUUUUAACGAUGCGGGAUUCAGUUCCCCUGCUUUCAGAAUGCUCGCGACUCUGCACCUGA